AAAUGUUGGUUGAUGCAAUGGAGUCACUUCGUAAUUGGCAUGACCAUAAAUAGAUAAAUUUAAAGGGGUCAUAAAUCAUAACUGAUCAUAUCCAUAUAUUUGAUAGACCGAUUUGUGAAAACCAUCUCCUGGAUCUCAUCAGUCUUAUAGCAUUAAUAAUGGAGGCUACAUGUGGAGAGAUCGGCAAUAAAAGUUCUCCAAAACCUCAUGUGGGUUUCCUCGCAAGUCCAGGAAUGGGUCAUAUCACUCCCCUCUUCGAGCUCGCCCUCCGUCUUGUCACUCAACAUAACUUUCAGGUCACUUUUCUGGUUAUCACCACCGACUCCACCGCUGCUCAAUACAACUACCUCCACGCCACCCCACAUCCCGACCUCCAUAUCGUCGAUCUCCCCCCUGCGGACAUGUCCGGACUUCUCUUCGAGGAUAUGAAAGUCCUCACGCGCCUCUGUGUCAUAGUCCAGGAGUCCAUCCGCUCGCUUCGCUCAGUGUUGUUGUCUGGAUUAAACAACCGACCGAAGCUUCAAGCUUUUAUCAUUGACAUCUUCUGCACCGGAGUUUUUGAUACAUGUAAGGAUCUAUCCAUUCCGGUUUACUCGUUUUUCACAGCAUCGACAAUCCUUCUGGCGUUCUCCUUGUAUCUUCCGACCAUGGAUAGGGAAGUUGAAGGCGAAUUCGUAGAUCUACCUGAACCCAUCAAUGUCCCCGGUUGUAACCGAAUCCGAACUCAAGACUUACUGAAUCAAGUCAGGAACAGAAAGAUCGACGAGUACAAAUGGUACUUGAUGCAUGUCAGCAGACUAUCCAUGGCUACAGGGAUAUUCGUAAAUACUUGGCACGAUCUUGAACCAGAAUGGCUUAAAGGAAUAAAAAACGAACAGUUCUUCGUUGAUAUUCCCACGCCGCCGGUUUAUCCCAUUGGACCUCUCACUAAACGGAUUGAAUCGGCUUCUGAUGAGAAUGCCGACGUGAAAGAAGUUAUGACAUGGCUUGACAGACAACCAAAAGACUCGGUUCUGUUCGUUGCACUCGGAAGUGGUGGGACACUUACAAAUCUACAGCUAACCGAGUUGGCUCUAGGUUUAGAACUGAGUCAGCAACGCUUCAUCCUGGUGACCCGGACUCCUAGUGACUCUGCUUUUGCUGCUUUUUUCACCGUCGGGGUCGACUCAGACGAUCCUAGAGCGUACUUGCCAGAUGGGUUUGUUGAGAGGACAAAGGAAGUAGGGCUGGUUGUGAGUUCAUGGGCACCGCAGGUGGUGGUGCUGAACCACCCAUCUACUGGAGCAUUUUUGUCUCAUUGUGGGUGGAACUCUACGUUGGAGAGUAUUAAACACGGUGUUCCGAUGAUCGGGUGGCCGCUAUAUGCGGAGCAGAGGAUGAAUGCGACAAUGUUGAGCGAUGAGAUAGGGGUGGCAGUGAAGAUGCCGGUGGUGGGGGAAGGAGGAGAGACGGUGGUGGUCGGGAGAAAGGAGAUAGAGCAGGUGGUGAGGGCAGUUAUGGAGGGUGAGGAGGGUAGGAAGUUGAGAAGAAGAGUUAAAGAACUAGAAGCAAGUGCUAGACAGACACUGAGUUGUGGCGGGCCAUCUUAUGAAACACUCGCUGGAGUUGCCGAGUCAUGGAAACGGCAGGGUUGUGCGAUGACCACAAGAAGUUGUAUGGAACCUGGCUAGUUGAAUGUUGAUCCAUGCUAUUAAUAAAUGUGAGCAUGAUUAUUAGGUUGUAUUAAAUCAUUAUUCUAUUACCAAACGAUUCAAAUAAAAUCGAUAUGUUUUAUUUUAACAA